CAGCGCUUCGUUUUUCAUCAUAAUAAGAACGCCGACGUACUUCGUGUACCAUAUACCCGAAAGACUGGCACAGCUUUCUCUCUACUCUUACUUGGCCAAACAUCUUGGACGUAAAAUUUACAACCACGCCGUCGGCUUUUUCGCGGCUACGAUCUUGGCCGUCACUGUCUACGUAUGGAUUGCGACGGAGACCUGUUUCCUUCUAUUGUCGGAACACGCGUGCGCAUUAUUCAAAAUCGUGGGGCGAAUGUUGAAACACGUGCACGAGAUAAGUUUCGGGAAAGAUUGUACGUCGAAGCGAAACGGUAGAAUCCGUUCGAAAAUAUGUUGGGCGGUUCGCGUGCACGUGAAGACAAUCAAGUUGGUACACUCUUGGAUUUAAUGCACCACAUGGACGACCACAUUAUUCAUAGAAUUAGCCCCUCAGCGUGUAAUGUUUGUUGGAGGUUCGUGAACAACGUGUGGGAUACUUUCGGCUAUAGUUACAACGUGGUAAUUCCUGCCGGCAUUGCUGCGCUGAGCAUGGCUCUGCUGAACCUGUGCAAUGCUCUAAGAGCGAUGAAUUUCGGACUCGCAGCAAUGUCGAUAUUUGUGGCCACCUCUUUCCUCGUUUACGGAGUUUUCGGAACAAUUUGUGGGCAAAGAGUGAUCGAUCAUAGCUUUAAUAUUCUCUACGAUGCAUACUGCUCAAGCUGGUACGAGUGCCCUCCCGAGAUACAAAAGUUCUACAUCUUAAUUUUACAGCGAGCCACGAAACACUGCACGUACAGUAAGAAGGGCAUCUUCGUGUCAUCGUUCGAAGGGUUCACAUCGAUGUGCAAUACGAUGCUGACGCUUUUUAUGCUCUUCCUUCAUCUGAAAGAAUAACUAACAGAAAGAAUCGACGCAACGCGAGCGAGAAGCAAACCGAUAGUUAACGUUCGAACGGCGGACACGGGGUCUGGUCGGACCCGAUUAACUUUAUCGGAUAAGACAUAGUAAAUAUUUUCUAUUAGAAAAUAAAUAAAAUAAAAGAAUGGAAAAAUUGAUAUCCGAACACGUCAAGUAUCUGACAACUAAUUUCAAUGUUCUCGUGUUUCGACGCGUGUCCUAUAUAUAUAUC